AUGCUAUUACAGAUGCGCGCCGCAAUUUCUUCCAAGACAUGCGUGCCAUACCAUAAGGUCGGAUGUGGCUUUUCGUUAUUGAUUGUACCUCCUAAUCGAACUCACGUCAUUGUCAACAUAGAUAAUAAAGGAACUGCUAAAUUGCACAAGUUUGUAAGGGAAAUCUUUUUGGAACUUGAAGGACGGAGAAAUUAUUCAGACAUCUUGGACUUAAAACUGCGACCACACUACGCGACUAUCGUCGGUGAUGGAUACGCAACCAUUCGCAUUUCUGUGGGAUUAUUGAAAGAAGAUUUAACAAGCGAAUGGCAUGGGGUAUAUGGCAGUGCAACUGAGGUGAUAAAUAUUGUGGAGAAGACGUGCUCGAAAUACGAGAAAUUGGCUAAUACGGAGAAAAGAUCGGGCUACAAGAACUUUACUUGCCUUGUAACCGGUCCACGCCGGCACUAUGUAAAAGGCGUCUUUUUCUUGCGUUUCGAAUCGAAUGAAGCGUAUGCUAUCCCAUUAACGAAAGAGGCCUUGGAAAAGCGAAUCAUAACUGGAAUCGGUCAGGACAUCACUGGCUUGUUAAUUAAAGUCCUAAAUGCUACAUGUUAA